GGCUGAGAGGAACGAGGCCGAGCAGGCGGAGGGAGUGUGCGGCUCGCACGGACUGGGUCUGAUCGGCCCUGCGAUCGCGCGAUAAGGCUGUUCAGGCCACCAGGAGGGGCGAGAUAUGGAGGUGGAGGGAGCCUGAUCAGAGAAGACUGUCUACAGGAGCGGAUGGACGCGGGGCUCGCCGCCUAGCAGCCACCACCACCAUGCUCCACCGACAUAUGAGGACAGCCGGCAUGGACCUGCCGGGAGUGGGGUCUAAAGAUGUGCCUCUCAUCGGCUAUCGCCCUCUACAGCCGGGGACCGACAGCUCUCAGCCUGCCGAUCAGCCGGGGAAAGAAGCCGGAGCUAAACAACAUGCCGCCUCACAGGUCGAAGCUUCGCCCAUGAAAACCACCUGGUACUGUCCACUCAACCUGAACACUGUGUGUGAGAAGGAGGAGGAUGGCAUCAUCUUCACAGUAGUAGUGAAGCAACAGCAUGGCAGCUCCAAUCCACAGCUCCUGCUGACCCUUCAGCCUCCUCUCUCGCAGACCGCAGGCCAGCGCUCACAAUGUGUGAAGGCUGGGACGGAGGAGAAGCUGGUCCUUCACCUCCUGCACUCCUUCUCCAUGGAGGACUCGUCAUUCAUCUCCAUCUUCCUCUCCACUUACCGCUCCUUCACCACCACACAGAGGGUGUUGGACAUCCUGAUGGACAGACUGGGAAACCCACCAGGAGAGAGUAGCAGUCCCACCCGGCAAGCCUUCCACAAGGCGGUGUGUACCGUGUUCAGCACGUGGUUGAGUGAGUAUCCGGAGGACUUUCGCUCUCUGGGGGAUCCGUCUCGCCUGCUGCGCCUCGCCCCCCUGCUGCCCCCGGACGUGGCAGGGGCUGACCUUAGAGGCAGGCUGCUCAGGAUCGCAGAGGAGCUGAGCGAGAAAGCACUGAUUCCUGACCAGACUACAGAUCCUGCAAGUUCUCUCCUCCAAACUCCUCCUGACCCUGCAAGGUUUGAUGCCACCAGCAUUCUGGGCUUCCCCUCCAGUGUGAUAGCCGAGCAGUUGACCAAGAUCGAGACGGAGCUCUUUCUGAAGCUAGUGCCCUACCACUGCCUGGGUUCCCUUUGGUCUCAGAGAGAUAAGAAAGGCCGGGAAGGGGUGUGCUGGUCGGUCAGAGCCACGGUCCGUCAGUUUAACCGACUGGCCAACGCUGUGACCGCCUCCUGCCUGUGGCAGACAGAGCUGAAGAGCCAGCAAAGGUCACGCCUUCUGGAGAAAUGGAUCAGCGUGGCCGAGGCAUGUCGAGCUAGGAAGAACUUUUCGUCCCUGUAUGCCAUUGUGUCGGCCCUGCAGAGUAACCCCAUCCACAGGCUGAGGAAAACCUGGCAGGAGACGGACAGGGAGGCAGUGAAACGCUAUGAGGAGCUGGCCUACAUUUUCUCCGAGAAAGACAACUACUCCCAGAGCCGCGAGCUGCUCAAAGAAGAGGGAACUUCCAAAUCCGCUAAUGUAGACACUAAAACCAACAACAGAAGACACACGUCCAGUGCUCAGGGAACCGUGCCGUACCUGGGCAUCUUCUUGACCGAUCUCACAAUGCUGGACGCUGCAGUAAAAGACAGACUAGAGAAUGGCUUUAUCAACUUUGACAAGCGGAGACGAGAGUUUGAGGUUCUUGCCAAAAUCCGGCUCCUCCAGUCGUCCUGCAGAAACAGCACUUUCCGAGCAGACGAGUCGUUUUUGCACUGGUACCACAGUGUGCCUACGCUGACUGAAGAGGAGAGCUACAGACUGUCCAAUCAGAUUGAGGCUCACGGUGAACCAAGUCCUGGGCGUGCUCUGCACCCUACAGUGGUCAUCACAGAGUGUCCUGAUGCUCUCGCCGUGACAAGCUCGGGCGUCGAUCCUGAUGGAAUAUUUGACUUCCCUUCGCCUGUCAAUCACUUGCUUUCAAAGCUUGCCAAGCAUAUGAAAUCCCCCUCCGUUUCCUGUCUGGAUGUUGAUUCGUCCCCACCGCCCACUGACCCCACCCCCUCCACACUGAUCACACCCACUGUCGUCAAAUCACAUCGCCGCUCCGUCUCCUGUGGAAACGCUCCCUCCAACACCUCCCCAGGGGCGGGGCCAGACAUGAGAAUCGUCAAGAUACGGAUGGAUUUGCAAGACGGGAAUUUGUAUCGAAGCAUUCUGGUUACUAGUAAUGACAAGACUCCCACUGUAAUCAGCUCUGCAUUAGAGAAGCACAACCAAGACCCCCGAGAGGCGUCCAAAUACGAGCUCAUCCAACUGCUUCCAGACGGAAAAGAGUUGACAAUACCCGCCACAGGAAAUGUCUUCUACGCCAUGACCUCAGCCAGCACGGACUUCCUGCUCAGAAGACGAGGGGGAAACACACCGCUGGGCUCGCCGUCUCUCAACGAAACCAGCGCAACUUUUCCACGGAUCAAGGCCAAGGGCCGGAGACUUGUCCGAACACUCUUUUAACACCAGUCAAAACAUUACUUACGCUAGCCCCUGUACUUCAGUACAUACUAAUGUGAGGGUAAAGCUAAGCGGCAGUGCAUUUCUCCUCGAGUCGUAUAGCUACUUCAGCCAUAUAUGUGAGAGCAACCAGCUACAUAUUGAAGGAGCUGUUCAUACAGAAAUUUAGACAGUUUUUCCCUUACCUGAAAUGUAUUCGAUCAAUGUGUGGCGUCCUAAGUUUGCAUCCUGGGUUUCGCACCGCAGCUACAAGGCUAAUGUAGCUAAUGGAAGCUUAUGUGCCAGCAGUUAGCUUGGUGCAUGGAUAUCAUCACAAAUUUGCCUAAAACAGUAUCUAGGAAUCUCAAAUAGACUUGUUUACAUGGUUUCUGAUACUGUAUCGCGCUGUUCUCUGUGAAAAAGGGCAAAGGUAUGUCUCAUAGCUAAAACCAAGUACUUCAGCUAUCUUGAGACCUGUUCAUAGCUACAUUAGCAUCUGUAGCUGCAAAAGAAGCAAACUUCAGACACCAAAUGUGGGAAAAGUUGUGUAAAUUCGAUUUUUCACAGAACUAUUCUGUUAAUAUGAAGCUUAGGUUGGAUUUUCUCUCAGAUGUUGGCUAAGCCUAGUUAAACAUUGCACUAAUUUUUCAGCAUUUCAUUUAUGGCAUUUGGCUGACGCUCUUGUCCAGAGCAACUUACAAUUUGAUCAUUUUACAUAGGUAGGCCAAGGUGGUGUUAGGAGUCUUGCCCAAGGACUCUUAUUGGUAUAGUGUAGGGUGUUUGCCCAGGUGGGGAUUGAACCCCAGUCUACAAGGCAGAGGUGUUAACCACUACACCACUACACUAUCCCAACCACUUCAAAGGUUCAACCUGUUUCAACUAAGUGAUGAGGACAGUGACGUCGCCAACUUCAUGGCUUUUUCAGGUUCCCCUGUCUACCUCUAGAGAAUUACAGUUAACGUCGGUUCAGGCAAACCCAUAAAAAGGCCGCAUUAUCAGUGAACCGUUGAGCUGUUGAGCUAACAAAUCACAACACAACAAGAUGACAUGUAGCACUUAAGGGUACUUACCAGACAUGUCUUACAGUAAACUGUUAACUAUGGGAAUCUGCGUCAGCAUGAAGACUGACUUACUUUGAAGGAAAAGUUCUGUCAAAAAAAAAGCUAAUGUCGCUAACAGCCAAUGAAAACGAGCAGCCAUCUGUUAGAAUAAUGUGAAAGAUAGCAUGCUAAUUAGCAACCACCAGCUUUUUCAUUCACUAUUAGGUCUACGUUAGCACAGAUGGUUGAGCUGUUUCUUCAAAGUAACACGAAGAAUCAACCCGUAUAAUAUGAAAACACUGCCGAUCUUUCUCACCAAGUAUGCAAAUAGACGAUGUCACACGUGGUUCUGACUGAAGUUUCACACAGCUGUGGAUGUGGUUAGGCUGCCAUUUUUGUCACUUACAAACCUUCUUUUUUCACUCGCAAUAUCCCACGAACACUGUCCAGUGUCAGUUCACUUCUUAUAGGUGGUUAAAGUGACAGUUCAGGAAAUAUUGACACAAAUUUCUCCCUUAACACACGUCAUGCAUCAGCCAAGACAUAUUUGGUGUCGUUUAGCUCUGCACUGGAGCUACGAGGCUAAGCAAUGUGGAAUAGAUUUGAUUAAAACAGGCGUCUUCAUUUGCUUCAGGCAACAUACCUUCGUCCUAGGAGUGGGUGAUAUGCCAGUGUUACAUCACAAUACUUAAAUACCCACGACUGCUUUGGGGGCAGUUGUGGGCUGGAGGUUAGAGAACUGGCCCUGUGACCAGAAGGUUGCUUUUUCGAUCCCCAGCACUGACAGUACAUGACUGAGGUGUCCUUGGGCAAGACACCUAACACCCAACUG